UCUACUUUAAUGACUUUAUUAAUGAAUAAUUUAUUUUAUUAAUUAUUAGUUUAAAACUAAUGUUUUGUUUUCUGCAGGAAAUUAAUUUUUAAAAUAAAUCAAUAUACUAUAUUUUUCUAUAUAUUCUAACCUCAAAAUUGGAUUUCUAAAAAACGAUUUAACGUUAUCUUAGUGAUCUUACCGCCACAAAAUCAAGCUACCGUCUACAGAAUGCAGAGUUCAUUUUGAACACAAUUUACAUGACAUAAUAGUUAAAACUAAAAACUACUCUUUUCAAAAAAAAAUUGAAAAUUUAAGGAAGUUUUAACUUUAUAAUCAUGGCAGGGACCGACUGGGAUUCCAUUAUGAUGACAGCGGAAAAGCUGCAAGCGAAUGCCACUACAGACACUGGUAUGCCGAGUGUUACUAGGAAUAUCCGUCAACUUCUAGACGCUGCAGAAAAUCUAUGGACGAAAGUAGGCGUACCUGGUGUAGAAGCUCAAGGUAACAUAUUUCUAUGUAGUCGGGGUGUAGAUGCACCACAGGUUUCCAAACAGCUGGAAAAACUAAGUUCUGUAGCCACACUGGACACCCUUGACCCUAAACCUGACACAGACGUAGAUAGCUUUGUUAAAAAUGAGGUGCAAAAUGCUAUUCUAGGUCUUAUUGAAUCGGUUAAGAAAAGCAAUGAAGAUUUCAUUGAGAAGAGGCAGACGGAAACUAUAGCCAAAAACUGGAGAAACAAGAAAAUUAAUAUUGUCAAUUCUUUCCCCGGUUACAUGCCAAACUCAUCCAGUCCAAGUUCUAAAACAAUGCCGGCUCUUUCAAAAUUUAAUACAAUCAAUUUCGGUUUGAACGCUCGCAUGGAUCAAACUGAAUUGACGUAUGCACAACAUUUAUGUGAGUACAAUCAGCAUGUAGAAAAUCAUGGAGUACAAAAAGACAUUUUACAAUCAUUUGCCAAAGCUGCUGAAAGCGCUCAUGAUGAUCGUGUAAAUGAAAUGUGGAAAAUCGUCAAAUGUAUGAGUCAAAUUGUUCCGGAACACGGCUCCAGUAACUCUAGAUAUUCUGCAAACAAUCAAAACAUAAUGAUAAGUAGUGCCAGAUCCUAUUUAGAACAAAGGUAUAUUGUAUUUAUGAAAACCUAUGUUAAAAGUCAUUUGUCUAAAGCUAAAGUCGGAGGUAUUCCAGGAACAUAUCCGCUCGUACGCAGUUUUGUUAGCGUUUACAUUAACCAGUACAAUAAUCCAGAUCAAUUAUUUUACGACAACCUUCCGUUUUGGCCACUUCUAUACUAUUUAGUUCGUUGUGGUGAUUUAGAGUCUGUAAUUUGUGUCUUAGAAAAAAACAAUACUCAGCCAGAACUGUUGAAUGCAUUUACAAGUAUUAAAAACAACCACCAAUAUGUAACCUUAAGCGAUCAAAAUUUAAUUUCAACCGUAGUAUGGGAUUGCAAUGACCCUUUCAAAAAGGUUGUUUAUUCAAUAGUUGUUGCUACUGAUGUGUCAAAUAAACAUUCGGAUGUGAUUAAAACAGCGGACGAUUAUUUAUGGUUAAAGCUUUGCCAAGUACGAAACGAUGACAAUAAACUAACAUAUCCACUUCUCCAGUCGACCAUUUACAAAGAGUAUGGAGAACAAUUUAGUGAAGUUCAACCAAUAUCGUAUUUCCAACUGCUAUUUCUGACUGGACAAUUUGAAUCUGCAAUCGAGUUUAUAUUUCGUCAUCCAAAGCUGCGAACUCAUGCAAUGCACAUAGCAAUAGCUUUAAAUGAAAUAGGAUUAUUAUACUUGCCUAACGAUUUUGAUCAGCCGAUUCUAUCCAAAGAUAACAAACAAAUUGCUAGAUUGAAUUUAGCAAGAAUGAUAAAAAUAUAUUGUGCCAAGUUUGAAAGUCAAGAUUUAAAAAUGGCCAUAAACUACUAUUACUGUUUGAGACAUGCCGAGACAAAUGAUAAGACUUUAUUUGUUACAUACGUUGCAGCAUUGGUAAUUGAAACAGAAGAGUAUGAAAAAGUUUUCGGACAGUUGAAGCCAGACGGAAAGAAGUUGAAUGGCCUAUUGGACUCGUUCGUAGUGGCUGACUUUGUAAAAUUAGAAAUUAUAAAGAAUACAGCAUCGCUCGCCGAACAGAAAUGUGAUUUAGAAGUAGCGGCUCAAUUGUACGAGCUGGUUGGUCAACACGAUAAGGCACUCGAGUUGGUCAAUAUUAUGCUUAGUAGGGUCAUUCAACCAGAUACUUUCUCUGCGCUGGACAAAUCUCCUAAUAUGAAAAAUAGAAUUUACGACUACUCGGAAGCAUUGAGUGAACGCUUAGCUGGUACAGAAAUUAAUGCGUCCGAAGAAAUAAUUUUCACUUUUAACAUGCUCAAGAGUUUGUUUGUAUUUUUCCAAUUGUACGAAGAACACAAGUACACGUUGGCGUUGGACGUGCUUCACACUAUCGGUUUGAUACCUCUGUCCAGUGAUCAGGUGGAAGAAUGUUUGAGUGCCUUUAAAAAAUUUGAUGAGCUCAUAUUGCGAAUCGUACCCGGCGUGAUGACUGCCACCAUGAACAUGUUGUACUCUCAAUAUACUGAAAUGAAAAAAGAAGAGGAGUCGAGUCGGAGUCUCAGAGAUCCGGAACAAAGGCAAGCACAAUUAGAAUACAUCAGAGAUAGAGCAAAAGCUAUUACUUCAUUUACUGGACGUGUACCGUUCCAGAUCAAUUCUGAAGUCAUAAAUCACUUGGUGCAAACUGAAAUUUUACUUUAUUAAUAAAAAUUGUGUUUAUGUAUUAUAUUAUAUUAAGACAAAAUACUUUUUUUUCUUACAUCAAGGGAUCAUAUUUUCUUGUUUCAUUGUAAAUCUAUAAUAAUAAAUUUCAUAAUAAAUGUGUA